AUGAAAGCCUCCAGCAGCGGAGAGCAGACCGGGGGGGAGCUGAGGAGGAGGCCGAGCUACCCCGGGGAGCUGCGGGACAAGCAGGCCCGCAGGUCGGCGCGCCUCUGGGUCAAAGUGGCCAUGGCCGUGGCGUACUUCAUGUGCGUCUCUGUGGCCGCCUUCGUCCUGGUCAUUUACUACGUGUUCUUCUGGAAGCCGUCGGACGCGCAGUUUAACGGGAGCAGCCUGGGGGACCUCACUGUGGGGGGACCUCACUGUGACCUCUGCGGACCUCACUGUUUAAGCUGGGGGACCUCACUGUGGGGGGACCUCACUGUGAUCUCUGCGGACCUCACUGUGACCUCUGCGGACCUCACUGUGACCUCUGCGGACCUCACUGUGACCUCUGUGGACCUCACUCUGGGGGACCUCACUGUGGGGGGACCUCACUGUGACCUCUGCGGACCUCACUGUUUAAGCUGGGGGACCUCACUGUGGGGGGACCUCACUGUGAUCUCUGCGGACCUCACUGUGACCUCUGCGGACCUCACUGUGACCUCUGCGGACCUCACUGUGACCUCUGCGGACCUCACUGUGACCUCUGCGGACCUCACUGUGACUUCUGCGGACCUCACUGUGACCUCUGCGGACCUCACUGUGACCUCUGCGGACCUCACUGUGACUUCUGUGGACCUCACUGUGACCUCUGUGGACCUCACUGUGACUUCUGUGGUCCUCACUGUGACCUCUGCGGACCUCACUGUGACCUCUGCGGACCUCACUGUGACUUCUGUGGACCUCACUGUGACCUCUGUGGACCUCACUGUGACCUCUGUGGACCUCACUGUGACCUCUGUGGACCUCACUGUGACCUCUGUGGACCUCACUGUGACCUCUGCGGACCUCACUGUGACCUCUGCGGACCUCACUGUGACCUCUGCGGACCUCACUGUGACCUCUGCGGACCUCACUGUGACCUCUGCGGACCUCACUGUGACCUCUGCGGACCUCACUGUGACCUCUGCGGACCUCACUGUAACUUCUGCGGACCUCACUGUGACCUCUGCGGACCUCACUGUGACCUCUGCGGACCUCACUGUGACCUCUGCGGACCUCACUGUGACCUGCGGACCUCACUGUGACCUCUGCGGACCUCACCGUUUAAGCUGA